CUAUUUUAUUUUAUUUAGAAGUUUAUUAAUUUUAUAUUUCUCUGAGAUUAUUGAGAGAUGAGUUCAAAGCAGAGGAUCGGAGUGUUGGGAUGCGGAGUUCUAGGCCAGUUCCUAAUAGACAACAUGCUGAAGGAGGACUCGUUGGAAGUUAUAUUCUUGUGGGACAUCGACCAGGCGAGGUUGAAAGAACUUUCGACGAAAUAUCCAAACAUUCUUCUACUCGAAAGUCUAGAAAACCUUCAGCAGCUGGGUCCUGACCUCAUUGUUGAAGUCGCCCAUCCAGAUGUCACUAGGAAUUAUGGAUUUCAAAUUUUAGAGAUUUGCGAUUACUUAAUGGGUUCACCGUCAGCUCUAGCAGACGAGCAAUUGUACGAAAAGUUAUCUUCGGCCACCACUCAACACUCCCUCUACAUACCCAGUGGGGCUUUCUGGGGUGGAGAGGACAUUCGCAAGAUGGCGGAUUUGAAGACGUUGGAGAAGUUGAAGGUGACCAUGACAUUCCAUCCCGCUAGCCUCAAGUUGGUUGCAGGAGAUGUGAGAGACAAGAAUGAUAAAGUAACUAACGAAAGAACUAUCUUGUACGACGGUCCAGUGAGAUGCGUGUGCAAGCAAGCGCCAAACAACGUCAACACCAUGGCAGCAGCUGCCAUUGCUGGACACAAUCUGGGAUUUGAUGGUGUGUUGGGAUGUCUGAUCAGCGAUCCUAAUCUAGAUGACAGACACAUCGUGGAGAUUGAGGUUUGGGGCAAGCCAGAUGUCAGUACGGGUGGGCAGUUCCACGUUCGAACCGUCAGAUCCAACCCCGCUCUGUUCGGCCAAGUAACAGGAACCGCCACCUUGCCAGCAUUCUUCGGCAGCCUUUUAGGAGCCCGUGGAAAGAAGCCAGGAAUACAUUUGUGUUAGAGAACGAUGACAGAUGAAACUGACCACCACACGAUAUUCCAGAACUGCUCGACAAUGAUGUGCAUACACCAACGACGCCAAUUUCACAAUCAUUGUUAUCACCUGAAAGUUUACCGACUGUUAUUUCUACAGCAUUUUAUUUUUACAUUAAAUUAAAAAGAUAUGCAAGAAAAAAAGUAACCAUUUAAAAACUGUUCACUUGCAGGUGAAAAUAUUUCGUUUUAAAAUCAUUUUAUCACAAAAAACAGCGGAGAAAUGAUCACCAUCACACACAUAAUAAUGAUGUCAUCAAUGUUGUCAAUAAUAUUAAAUGCAAUAAUUUAGUGAGCCUCAAACAACUUGCACUGCCUAAAUCCACAUCCAUCUCAUAGAAAUUUUAUUUAAGAAUUAUUAUACCACAAAAAAAAAAUGAAAAAACUUUAAUUUUAUGUUGUUAGUUAAUGGAAAUGAAAAAGACCUAUCAUUCGAUCAUCCAAGUGAUGUAUUUUAAUUAAAUCCAUCUGUUUGAAACAUUUGAAAAAAAUUUAGAAUAAAGGCUGAUAAAAUAAAUAUACAUUUUCGUCUGGGCUUCAAAAUGCAUAUAUGCUAACACAUUGAAUGAAAUACGAACAAUUGAAAGAAAGAUAUGCUGUACACUAAAGAUCAGUACAAGCCUAUCAUAAUGAAAUAUAUAUCAAAUUAUAUCACAAUUUUUAACAGAGCACAUUCAUACUAUCACAUCAUCAUCAUCGUCGUCAUCGUCUUCUUCUUCAUCAUUUCGCUAUCAUCUCUUCUUUUCAUCGCGAUGUUUGUAGAUUUCUGUCACACUAGAUUUCACUUGUCCUUUUGGCUCUUUUUUUUUGAAGAUUCUGAUUAGUUUUGCGUUUUGUGGUGACGUUGUCAGCAUCUACAAUUUGCCUCUUUCGACCUUUGUGGUUAACAUCUACGUCUUUGGCAGCAGAUCUUCUGACUGACGCUUUAGCAGACAAUCUGGCAGAUGUUCUAAUCGAUGAACAAACAGUUGUAGCGGAUGUAGUAGCAGUAGUAGCGGAGGCGGUAGUAGCAGUGACAGUAGCAGCAGCUACAGGAGCUGUGGCAGCAGUAGUAGUAUUGGAAUGUUUGAUAGUAAAAAUAGAAGCAGCAGUAGUUCUAGAGGAGGACAAUGAUGAUGAAGAUGAUGACAAAACAAGUGAUGAUGACGAAGAUGAUGGUAAAACAGGUAACAAUGAUGAAAAUGACAAAGGCAUUGAUGAUGAAAUUGACUUCAUAGUUAAAGUCAGGUAUGGAUGUGAUGACCAGAGUCUUGAAGAAGAUGAUGAAACGGAAACCACAGCAGUCGUAAGAGGAACUGUAGAAGCUGUUGCAGAAGUAAAAGUAAUUGUAGAAGAAGAAGAAGGAGUAACAUUUGCAUGUGAACCAAAUGAUCCCAAGCCAAUUC